GAAGAAUACGAAAAUUCGAGAGAAUGAUUCUGACUUGGUUCCCCAACUUAUCAAUCGUCAAUAAUCUAGAAUUUCAUAUUAUUUCCCGGGAACGCCCAAAUUUCACUUCACCUCUUCGCCGGAACCCUAAUUUCCGAAAAAAUCAUGGCAGAAAAAUUGGCCCCCGAUAAGCGCCACGCCUUCGUUCACAACGGUCAGAAGGUUUUCGAAUGGGAUCAAACCCUAGAUGAGGUUAAUGUGUACAUUGCACUACCUCCAAAUGUGCCGACGAAGCUAUUUUAUAGCAAAAUUCAGUCUAAGCAUGUUGAAGUUGGGAUCAAAGGCAAUCCUCCUUAUCUUAAUCAUGAUUUGCAGCAUCCUGUGAAGACUGACUCCUCUUUUUGGACUUUGGAGGAUGAUACACUACAUAUAACCUUGCAAAAGAGGGACAAAGGCCAGACAUGGUCUUCACCUAUUGUGGGUCAAGGUCAGCUGGAUCCUUACGCUGCAGAUCAAGAGCAGAAGCGCUUGAUGCUUCAGCGAUUUCAAGAAGAGAACCCAGGUUUUGACUUCUCGCAAGCAGACUUUAGCGGGAAUUGUCCAGAUCCUAGAACAUUCAUGGGUGGAAUCCAUUAGGUGGUUAUCUUGCAUGGCGAGCGUUUCUUACCUGCAUAAUUUGUGAAGCCUUAUAAAUGUCAGUAAUAAAUGACUCUUAUCCUUCAUGUUAACUGUAAUCAUCAAUUGGGCAGGCUUGAUUCCAGAUAGUAACUAAUCUAAGUAAUGCUAACUUAUGUUAUUCAUCUUCAGUAGCAGUUUCUCAAGGUGCAUUAUUGUUGUUGACUUGCUUGGUCUUUCUGUUCCUCUGACAUUGCUCUACCUGAUAAUGUUAAUGUGCAAAAUUAAACUUUUCUUUGG